AUGGACAUAUUGAGUUGCAGGACCAUGUCUUCCCUCAUGUUGAGUUUAUUUUUGGGGGUCUCUGUUUCCAUUUGGCCCUUGGGUCCCGCAGCUGCCUUCCUGCUGCCGCCGUGCCAGCUCAUCAACCAGACCGUGUCUGUGGAGAAGGAGGGCUGUCCCCGCUGCCACCCAGUGGAAACAACCAUCUGCAGUGGGCACUGCAUCACCAAGGACCCUGUGAUAAAGACCCCAUUCAAAAACGUGUACCAGCACGUGUGCACGUAUGGAGACUUUUACUACAGGACGUUUGAGAUUCCUGACUGUCUCCCUGGCAUCGACCCUAUUGUCACCUACCCUGUGGCUUUGAGCUGCCACUGCGGCCGCUGUGCCAUGGACACAUCUGACUGCACCUUCGAGAGCCUGCAGCCCAACUUCUGCAUGAAUGACAUACCCUUCUACUACUAA